GGCCGCCCGCGCCGUCGGGGCCGGUCGCCGCCGCCACCGCGGCCAUGGCCCAUCGCCCGCCGCCCCGCCGCGCCCCGCCGCCCGCCCGCCGCCCGCCGCCAUGAGGCGCGGGGGCCCCGCCGCCCUCGCCGCCUGCCUCGCCGGGGCGCUCGCCGUGCUGGCGGGGCCGGGGCCGGGGCCGGGGCAGGGGCCGGGGGCGGGGGCGGGCAGCGCCGCCUGGGGCGGCCGGCGGCCCCCCCGCAGCUACGGCCACCUGGAAGGCGACGUGCGCUGGCGGCGGCUCUUCUCCGCCACCCGCUUCUUCCUCCGCAUCGACGGCGGCGGCGGCGUGGAGGGGACGCGCUGGAGGGAGCGGCCGGGCAGCAUCGUCGAGAUCCGGUCAGUGCGUGUUGGCGUCGUGGCCAUCCGGGCGGUGCACACCGGCUUCUACCUGGCCAUGAACAAGCAGGGGAGGCUCUACGGGUCGAAGGAGUUCAGCCCCAACUGCAAGUUCACGGAGCGCAUCGAGGAGAACGGCUACAACACCUACGCGUCACUGCGCUGGCGGCACCGGGGCCGCCCCAUGUUCCUCUCGCUCAAUAGCAAGGGCAGGCCACAGCGAGGGGGCAAGACGCGCCGGCAGCAGCUCUCCACCCACUUCCUCCCCAUGCUCGUCAGCUGAGCCCCACGGGUGGCUCCGGACUGCCCUAUAGGAAAAAAUGGAAAAAAGGGUUGUUUUAUUUAUGUACAUAUCUAUUUUUUUGCUAUUUAUUGUUUUAUUUUUAAAUGCACGGCGGAGGACAGAUGUGGAAGGCAGAUGCUCCAGACGCAGCCUGUGGCUGUGCAGGGAUGUGGCUCUCCCCACUGUCCCACCGAGGCAGAGCCGGCGUGGCACAGGCUGGGGAGCGUGGGCACCGCAUGCCAGCACUGCUGACGUCGCGCUCGU